GGGGUACAUGUGAUUUAUUAUUAUGCAUUGAUGCGACCUGCUGUUGUGUUUGUUAUUCCUCCAUGUCAAGCCUGAAAGCUCUAGUGAGACAGGAAGUUGUAAAGAGAACUUCUUGGUUCAGGUGACUCUUAUGUAAUAGCCGGACUAUAAAGCUGUCCUUCUCUCAAAGUGUACUAUUACAGACUCAUUCUCUAAAAUAUAUACUGCUGGAUGUGAAACAGGUCAGAUGUCUCCUUAAGCAAGGUUUAAUAUUUAAAGCUUUGUUAUGGUACAAAUGCCUUGUCAUUGUGUGUUUGGUAAAUUAAAUAAUAACACCUUGUGCCAGGAGAAUGUGGUGUUGGAGACAGAAAAUGUUGCAGUUUUUAAAAACAACUAUUUGAAGUUCAUUUGGUAGGUAUUGAAGUGGAGCCGAGUGCAGCAGGAUCUAAGAACUAAGGUGUGCUUUGGGCUGAAAAUCAUAACAGAAAACUUAAUGGUUGAAGAUGGAGACUAGUGUGAUAUCAAGAAGAAGCUGUGCCAGAUCAGUGCUGAAGUUUAAGAAUACUUUCAUUCUUGUUUUCACUCCUCCAUUGGUGGCCGUAUUGAUAUUCCCCUUCACAUGUGCUGGGCCAGGGAAUACUGCAGCUACUAAUAGCACACAACAGUCAUGUCUACCUCAGAGGGCUGGGAGAUGUGCCUUUGGUGUUUUGGUUAUGGCAGUGUAUUGGAUGACAGAGGUGCUGCCCCUUGCUGCCACAGCUUUGAUGCCUGUUGUACUCUUCCCAAUACUAGGAGUGCUGGGCUCAAAAGAUCUGUGCAAAAAUUAUCUCAAGGAUACCAACAUGCUGUUUGUAGGAGGGCUAAUGGUGGCUGUGGCAGUAGAACACUGGAACCUUCAUAAAAGAAUUGCUCUGAGAGUGCUGUUGCUAGUAGGAUCCAAACCUAAGUGGUUGAUGUUUGGAUUUAUGAUCGUAACAGCCUUCCUGUCCAUGUGGAUCAGUAAUACAGCCACCACUGCCAUGAUGAUACCCAUAGUUCAGGCUGUUCUCUCCGAGAUAAAAUAUGCCUACGCUGCACAAAAGUUCAAUCAAGAAGUGGGGGUUGAGGAAGAGGAGCUGGAGCCUUUUCCAGUUGAAAAUGGAUCUAACACACUGGAGCUGGAGAAUGACAGUUCAGCACAGGCUGUGUCCUCUAGGAGACGUCUAAUGAUGACCCAGGUUUCCACUGUCAGCCAGUCCAGGGAUCCACAGUUCAAGAGUAUGUGUAAAGGUCUGAGCCUGUGUAUAGCAUAUGCUGCCAACAUUGGCGGUAUAGCCACACUCACUGGGACAGGACCCAACUUGGUGUUCAAAGGCAAUGUAGACAGUCGUUUUGGUGCAGGUGCUGGUAUCAACUUCAGCUCCUGGUUUGUGUUUGCUUUCCCCCUGAUGGUCAUCACACUGCUGGCCGCCUGGGUCUGGUUACAGCUGUUAUUUUUAGGAUGGAGGACUCUGUUUGGUAUAUGCAGUAGAAAACCUGAGUACGGUGAUGCUGGAGAUGCGGCAAAGAAUGUUAUCAGGAAAGAAUAUGAAAAACUGGGGAAAAUGACGUUUGCAGAGAUAGCAGUGCUGUGCCAUUUCACCCUGCUGGCCCUGCUGUGGCUGACCAGGGAACCAGAAUUCAUUGAUGGAUGGGAUGUCAUUUUUGAAGAUGGGUAUGUCACUGAUGCUGUUACUGCUAUGGUUAUUGUAAUGUCACUAUUUGUCUUCCCUUCACAAUGGCCUAAAGUGCUGUGUUGGAAGACUAAAGAUGUUGGUCCUGUGCCGCCAUUGUUGGACUGGAUGACAGUACAGCGUAAACUGGCGUGGAACGUUGUCAUCUUGCUGGGUGGAGGGUUCGCCAUGGCAGAUGCUUGCCAGCAAUCUGGUCUUUCUGAUUGGUUGGGUGAGCAGAUGUCCCUGUUGAAGGAUGUCCCUGUGUGGUGCCUUGUUCUGAUCCUCACCUUCACCAUAGCCUCCUUCACAGAGUUCAGCAGCAAUGUGGCCACUGCCACUAUAUUUUUACCCAUCUUAGCAGGAUUGGCCAAAACUUUGUCUGUCAACCCCCUGUACCUGAUGAUGCCAGUGACAGUGUCCUGUUCCUUUGCCUUCAUGUUACCAGUGGCAACUCCACCCAAUGCCAUCGUCUUCUCUUAUGGACAUCUUCAAGUCAAAGAUAUGGCCAAGGCAGGUGUUGUUAUGAACUUGAUAUGCAUUGCAUUUGUGAAUCUUGCCAUCAACACAUGGGGAAAAGCAUACUUCAACCUGGGAACCUUUCCCUCUUGGGGAGGUGGAGCCAACAUGACAUCUGGUGGUGAAAUCUUGAACUCCUCAGUCACAAUUAGUCCCACUGGCAGCACACAAACUUUCCUAACAAACUAUACAGGGAUUUAAAAAAGAAAGUGUAUGUAAAUAUGCACAUACAGGACACAAUAUGUGAGGAGAAAACCUCCCAUUUAAGUCAACAGUGGCCUAUAAAAAGGACAUCCUCCAUGACAUCCCGUCUUCCAGACAUCACACUGUGCCAACCUCUUCCCCUCACAGAAGGGUCCAUUGUUCAACUAUAACAUUCCCCAUUAUUAGUUUUAAUUUUUCAUCUUAGUGAAGUUUUAGAUAACUAGGAAUUUGAUGUGAAAUUGUUGUAUUUCUAGUCAUUGUUUUUUAAUAUUCAGUCAUGGAUUCAGGGAGCGGGUGCAUGUACACAAAUCUCACAUUUACGUGGUGAGGCAAAAAACAAAAACAAACUAUAAUGAGUGAAAAACAAGAUAAAACCAAGCAAUUUUGAGCUCUUUGUCUUACAUAUAAUUAAAUAAACUUGACUGUUUUAUAUCUUCCAAACUUUGCUCUGAUAAUUUUUAAUCCUUGUGCACUGCUCCCACCCCUUUAACAAAACUGUGGAUCCCACAUUGUGGUAUUUUGUAAGAAUUUACAUACCAUAAAAAUAGGUUGGACAGAAUUGUACUCAUAUUUUUCUGUGAAUUAUUUAGACCAUGAUAUUAUACUGUUAUUCUUUGUAAAUAUAAAAGGUCAUAAAUGCUCAACAUGAUAUUACCAGUAUAAAGAAGUUUGACAGGGAUUUUUUUUAAUGUGUAUAAUAUAAGGGAUGACUGUUUGUACUGGCCCUUCCAGUUCUUGCUGUACAUAACUGUGUUUGUUGAGAUGUAAACAGUGAAAUUGUGGCUUAGUUUUGUUGCUCUCAGCUUCAGAUUGUCAUGUACAUUCAUUGCACAUGAGCAGAAACCCAGUCCACCUUUGACAGACUUAUAUUGUUAAAGAUAUCAUACUAUGUGUAAAUGCUUAAUUGAGAUUGUAGAACAAGGGCUGCUUUAUGUGGGAUCUGAUAUAGUUUGGGGAUUAUUGCCAAAUAUUUGAAAGAAUUGUUGCGAUAUAUUUUUUAUAAUAUUAAUUAAAAAACUAUAAUGUUGUCUUCUAUUUAAAAAAGUGGUACAUAUAUUAUGAGCAAGACACUACAUCAUUUUUAAUAUUUUUUGAAAUGGU